GACCUCGGUUCGGCCAGCUAGAAAUCAAUACAUAUCAUGGACCCUCUCCCGUGAUCAGCCUAGAAAACGGGGAGUUGAGAGUCCGAGUGGCUUAGGAAAAUCAUUCCAAAUAAACGACCAAUCAUCCAAUUCUUGCAACGAAAAGACGUCAAGACUUGAAGUUCAGUUCUCGAAAAGUUCCAAUAUCCUCAGUAUAUUUUGUUUUGAAGCCUUAGAAGUUCGAAAGACAAUUGAUUCAUAUCACGUAAUCGCUUAACUUUUGCUAUUUAAUACACCAUACCUUAUCCAAUAUGCCGAUUAUUCGAAAUCCAUUUGCGAGGAAACAGGACGUUCAGACGGGCUUACAGCCGUCCCAAGAUCAGAAUGCCCCCCUUCCUUCUUUUGAGAGAGUCUCUACAGUCGCUUCUCGAGCAUCUUCGAUGAGUAUCAAAACGGCGAAGAGUGAAGAGCCCCCGGAGUAUAAAAUGAGUGGUAUGAUACUUUUGUUUAGAUGACCGGGUUUUACGGGAAACCCUUACUGACAGGAAUAAUUGUAUAGUUGUGAACGAUAGCGGCGUGUAUCUACCUGUAAGUGUUGGCAAGCUCAACAUACAUGUGCCAAUUUGACUGACCAAUCCAAAAGCCUUCUCCACCAGAAAAAAAGAGUUUCUGGCCUCGCAGCAAGGGCAAUCUUUCCGUAACUUCAAUCAAUACCCGAACGACUUCAAAUGAUGAGAUUGAUCCUUUUCCGAUCUCCAGAGAAUCUUUCGAUUCAUAUAGAAGAUCAUUUGUAAGUUUAUACAUCACUAAAUCGCUGUCCGAGAAACUCUUCUGACUUUGAAAAGGAUAUCUCAGCUAGAUCACCUAUAAGUCCCAUCGAUGGAUAUGGUGGACGACAAAGUCUUGAUUCUGCAAGACUGCCUCAAAUGCAAAGAUCUGCCAUUGGUAAUAGACGAUUCGACAGACAGCCACCCACGGCCGAAGAAGGAUUCGAAGAGGUGGGGCUAAAUGAUGCCGCCAAUGACUCCACAAAGCAGAUUAAGAAGAAGGGUUUCUUCUCGAAAUUUGGUGAUGAAGCACUUCCAUCGUUUCAUAUGCCAGGGAGGAAGCGUGGUCAGAGUGGUACAGGAGAAGAGCUUGGUAACUUUCCAAAACCAGGCAGUACGACUCCAAAUGUCGAGGUUGAUGAGGUUCGCUAAGGCAUAUGAUGAGGUUUAUAAACUUUCAGGAAAAUUUGAAAUUCAUGGGCGUUCGGGACAAAUCUUUGUACCAUGUUGUACUGGUACCUACAAUCGCUUGGGAACCGGUCAUAGAAAUAUUAUGGCGGGGGUCAUACAUCAAUUCCAGAUGCCGCAAAGUUGCUGGUAUAAUAAUAAUGUAAAAAUGUAAUGGCACAUGAAAUUCAUUCGGACGAGUGUAACUGUCGGAACUAAAAGACCAUGGCUUUCUAGUACCUAUGGCUAAUAAAUAGUACGGAUCUGACUCAUGUAUCAAUUGAGAAUAUAAAUGGAAGAAAUAGAUAGGGAGAGGAAGUCAGUGUAAUAGAAUCAUGACUCGAAAAGAAGUUCUUG